UUAAAACUGUCUCUAAAUUAAAGUUUAAUUACUAUUUAAAAAAUUAAUUUCAAAAUAAAGUUAUUUAACGUGUAAAUCAAAGUGUUAAGUAUAAAAGUGGCCAAAAAUAAUAUAAGGCAUAAAUCAAACGGAUAUAUGUUUUUGCCUCAAAACCUCAAAAACUUGUUAUUGAGAAAUAAGAUAAAAGUCUUGUAUAUUAAUAAUAAUGAUCUAAACUUCUGAAAACAUCUCAACAAAAAUAAAUCGCGUUAUUUGUUAUCAAUGAACAUGUCUUCAAAGGUUUAUCGCAAACUCACGAUUGGAUAAUUGAGCGGUCGAUACGAAAACUUAUAAUAAAUACGAAAAUUGUUAUUCGAACCAAAGUUUUGGCAUUGGUUUGGCUUUAAAACUAAUAAUCAUAUAAAUAAUUAAAUUUGUUAACCGAUUCACUAAUUGUAUAAUCGAGACAAUGUCUGAACCCGUCUUCUAUAAGUUAGGAGAGAGAAAGUCUGGAAUUAAAAUUCCGGGAAAAGUACAGGACUUUUAUGAGAUAAGAGACAAGUGUUUAAGAGAUGGGGUUCUCUUCGAAGACGACGCCUUUCCCGCAAACGACUCGUCCUUUUAUUUCGCUGCCGGAAAGGGUCGCCGAUCUUUCCAAUGGCUCCGACCCUCACAACUGUCCAGUAAACCCAUGUUCAUCAGCGAUGGCGCUCAACGUUUCGAUGUCAUGCAGGGAGAACUGGGAAACUGCUGGCUUUUAGCCGCUGUCGCUAACUUGACGUUAAACGAAAAGCUGUUCCAUCGGGUGGUUCCCCACGACCAGACAUUUGAGGCGCCAGAAUAUGCAGGUAUAUUUCACUUCCGUUUCUGGCAAUACGGCCAUUGGGUGGACGUUGUGAUCGACGAUAAACUGCCCACAAUUGACGGACACUUAAUGCUUAUGCACUCAAAGGAUAGACACGAGUUUUGGAGCGCUUUAAUUGAAAAGGCUUAUGCAAAACUCCACGGUUCAUAUGAAGCGCUCAAAGGCGGCACAACCAGCGAAGCCAUGGAAGACUUUACGGGGGGUUUGACCGAGAAUUUUGAGCUCCAGUCCAACGAAUGUCCGCCCAAUUUGUUGAAUAUAAUGUUGAAGGCCUUCGAGCGCUCGUCAUUCCUCGGCUGCUCUAUUGAAGCGCUCGAUUCCUCACAAAUGGAAGCGGAAAUGUCUAAUGGUUUGAUUAGAGGACACGCCUAUUCGGUGACUGCUAUAAAGUUAGUGCAGUUAAGCACAUCCAAAGUCAAAGGAAAGAUACCUUUGAUUCGGGUUCGGAACCCAUGGGGUAAUGAAGCCGAAUGGAAGGGCGCCUGGAGUGAUAAAUCACGCGAAUGGACUGUAGUUCCGGAGCGCGAGAAACAGCUGCUGGGACUCACUUUUGACGCCGACGGAGAGUUUUGGAUAUCGUUUACGGACUUUAAAAACAAUUUCACACGACUUGAAAUCUGCAACCUUUCCCCCGAUUCACUCGGAGAAGACAAUAAGCGUCAUUGGGAAGUGUCUUACUUCGAAGGCUCAUGGGUUCGGGGCAUAAGCGCCGGCGGCUGCAGAAAUCAUUUGCAAACUUUUCAUUUAAAUCCUCAAUAUUUGAUUACAUUGGUUGACCAUGAUGAAGAUGAUGAUGAAGACACCUGCACGUGUGUUGUGGCGCUUAUGCAGAAGAAUCACAGAUUGAAGAGAAAGAUGGGUUCCGAUAGCCUUACCGUCGGUUUUGCCAUUUAUGAGGUGAAAGAGGGCCACACCGAUGGCGGCCCUAAAUACGAGUCUAAAUUUGAACGAAAUUCGUGCCAACAAUUGCUGUCAACCGAGUACUUCAAGUAUAACCAAUCGGUCGCGCGUUCGCCCACUUUUGUCAAUCUCAGAGAAGUCUCCGGAAGGUUCCGACUUAAACCAGGCAAAUACUGUAUAAUUCCGUCUUCAUUUGACCCUGGUGAAGAAGGGGAGUUCUUGAUUCGAUUCUAUACUGAAAAAGCGCCUCAAAGUGUGACCGAAAAUGAUGAAGAAAUUGGUUUAGUUGAUGAUAACGCGGGCAAAACAAACGGAGUUUCCGAUAAUUUGGUCGCUGAUAAUGAGCCAAAAGAGUCGGAACCCAACGAUAAUAAUGUUGCAAACAAUGAGAAUAAUGUUGAUGUGAUUCACACUAUUUUGUCAAGUGAAUCCGUUGCACAAAACCGCGCGAAAGAGUCGGAGUCGCAAAUCAAUGCCUUCUUCACCAAACUGGCCGGCGAAGACAUGGAAGUGGACGCCAAAGAACUGCAGGAUAUAAUGAAUCACGCGUUGAAAAAAGAGUUUAAAUUUGAUGGCUUUUCAUUGGAUUCGUGUAAAUCAAUGAUUGCUAUGUUAGACGACGACAGAACCGGCAAACUAAGUUUCAAUGAAUUCACUCAACUUUGGCGAAACAUCCGGCAGUGGUGUGCGGUCUUCAAGAAACACGACUCCGACGGCAAUAACAUUAUAUCUGCACAUGAAUUGAGGGCAGCCUUUCAUGAGGUCGGACUCAACGUUAACCGACAUAUACUCGAGAUUCUGAUCCUUAGAUACGGUGUCGUAAAUGUAAAGAAAGAAAAAGGUCUGACUUUUGAUGAUUUUAUUCACGCGUCGAUGAAAUUGAAACAUUCAAUCGACAACUGGAACUCAAAGUCAAAGACAAUCCAAACACCUUCGACUACAACUCCGUCUAAGAUCCUGCCAUUUGCCAGCGGAAGAUACCCACCGACUGCCACCCAAAACGACACUAGUUUUACUCUCGAAGAAUUCGUCGAGAGAGUGAUGUAUUGCUAAGCGAUAGACAAAUCAGUCGCUAAUUAAAGUAAAUGUGAACUCAAAUCACGUAAUUUGAUGACAAUUGAAGGAAACCUCUUUCUAUCCACUAUUUAUUGCUAUAAAUGCGAUAAUUAUUGACCGCUUCUUCUCUAUAUAUAGCUUUUGCUUAGCCUUUGUCUCAAUUUACUGCUUAUUUUGUGAUAAAUUUAUUUUCAAUGAAGAUAUUUCUAUUCUCUAAACCGUUUACUUAAAGAGUUGCCUAAAUCUUGCGAAUUGAGAUUGAAUUGUAAUUACAGUGAAUUCUUGUGACUUUUCUCUGUGUUUAACCUCAAGUGCAUUACAAUUAUGAACAUAGAAAGAGUGGACAGACAUUGAAUUGUAAUUACAUUAAUUUGUGACUGAAUUUACUGAUUAAGAGAUUUAUACAAUUGAAGAAAAUGUAUUUCAAGAUAUUAUACAAACUUGUAACAUGUUCAUUUUCAAUUUAAUCCUCAUUAUAAA